GAAAACGCCACGCUGACUGUCCCUCCUCUGUCUUCCUUCGGUCGUAGGGCUUCAUACCCAUAUAUUCCUCAUUUGUAAUCGACAAAUAGGUCUUUGCAUUAAUGCGAACUUAAUGCAUGUACUUUAUCGGUUGUAGGUACUUUAUAAAAAGCGUUCACCUUGUAAGCGUUCGUUCCGUGACAAGCGAAUGAUGUCAGAAUGUAACUCGGGUGGCCGGUCAGACUAUCCUGGAUAGAUUUCUGAUACUUGCAGCCGACCACUUCAAUUUGGACAGAUGAACAGGUAUCAAUUUGUUGGUAGUUUGCUUUAUCAUCAGCGAUAGGAUAUUCAUUCAGUCACCUUGUAGUAGAACUGACUGCAGGUGCCGUCCUGUUACACUCACUUUCUUCCAAGUUAAAACGUUCCUGCCGGAUGUUAGUUUCUGUCGUUAAGUGACAGAUGGAGGUAGUAAUAUCGAAAGUAACGCUAACCUAACUUAAUGACUUGCCUAGCUAUAACGUUACUGUUGUAUACAAGUAAAGAUAGGCCUACAGCAAAAAAAUCAGACUGGUACAAAGACAGAACAGCAUUCAGCUGCUAAUGUUCGGAUGACUUUCCUAAUACUGUCAGAGGUUAGAAAAGACAACACCCGAGUCGUUACAGUCUUCUAGCAUGUGACGGUUUAUUUCGAACUACCACGUCAAGGAAUUUGCAGUGCUGUUUGAAAUAAAAUGCCGUGGCUGGAGGACGUGGCGAACGUCGCCUUGCGGGUGCCCUGUUUGCUUGCCCUGGAUCAGCUGUUCAAAUGCGACGUGGAGAGUUUCACAGAGCACAUUAAAGCCAGGAAUGAAGAUAUGCUUUUCAAGUACAAAUAUAUAAUCUGGAACGUGUACUAUACAGGUCAGUUGUUGAGCUUGGUGAUGCUGAUAUUGCCACUGGGUCAUAUUGUUCAGCUGUAUCUGCACGUGCUCACGGCUAUGCUGCUCUAUAUGGGUCACCACAUCUGCAGGGAUUAUAUACAUGAGAUACGUUUUGGGUUGGAUAGGCCACUUUAUCUCGACUCUCAGGCCUUGAAUAGUUUUGUAUCAACCCUUACAAGUCAGGUCAUUGUGUGCACGCUGUGUGCGUUUCUCAUGCGGACCCGCCGGGUGUGGCUGUUCUCUGCUCACUUGCUCCCCCUGUUGGCCCGCGCCUGCUGUCUGCCUCUGGACAUGGUCAACACAUUGGCCUCAGCCUCCAUGGGCAUAUCUGGUGUGCAGGUGGCUGUGUGCCUGCUGAGCAACAUGUUCGUGCCCUACAGACUGGCAAGGGCUGCCUACAGAGAGAUACGGGUGGUGGGCUUGUACAGGUUGUUUGCUGUGUGUGUGUCGGUGUGGCAGAGCUUCUCUGUGCCUCUGCUCUUCUCCAUCUUCUGGCUUUUGUUGUUCUGUGCUCAACUCUGCAGUCCCACAUCCAGCCACCAGGGGGUGCUGCUGUACCUACUCAGCAGCGUGUCAGAGUGCUGCUCCACCCCUUACUCUCUGCUGGGCCUGGCGUGCGUGGUGUCCUACCUAGCUCUGGGGCUCAUGAACCUAUGUAAGUUCUACCUUGGAGGAUACGCAGCCGUGCAGAACCACAACGUCAUGCACAGGGGGGUGACGGAGGGCGUGACCCUCCUGCUGUUGGCUCUGCAGACAGGCCUACUGGACAUGACGUCUGUGCAGAGGUCCUUCCUCCUGUCAAUCAUCCUCUUCAUAAUCCUCACGUCAACCCUGCAGAACAUGAUCGAGAUCACUGAGCCCAUAGUACUCGCACUGGCUGCCAGCAGAAACAGAAGUGUGUGGAAACACCUGCGGGGGCUGAGCAUGUGUUUGUUACUGCUGCUCUCUCCCGUCGUCAUGGCCUACAAACUCUCUCAGUUCUUCGUCAUGGACCUCUGGCUGCUCAUCCUCCUGUCCAGCUGCAUCCUGACCUCCCUACAGGUGACGGGCACUCUCCUGAUCUAUGGCCUCUUCAUGCUGGAGGUGUGUUUCUCGAAGGCGAUCGGGGGGCUGGACGAGGUGGUGUACUACGUGAACGGCAUGUGCCGGGCGCUGGAGUUCCUGCUGGCUGUGUGCGUGGUGCUGUACGGCGCGUGGGAGUGUGUGUUCGGGGAGUGGAGCUGGCUGGGCGCCUCCGUGCUCAUUGUGCACUCCUACUGCAGUGUGUGGCUGCGUGCGCGCUCCGGCUGGAGCAACUUCCUGCUGCGCCGUGAGGCAGCCAGGAAGAUCAGCUCGCUGCCCUCCGCCAGCCAGCAGCAGCUGAAGGACCACAACGACGUGUGUGCCAUCUGCUACCAGGACAUGUCGUCAGCUGUGAUCACGUACUGCGGUCACUAUUUCCAUGGUAACUGCUUGAGGAAGUGGCUGUAUGUUCAGGAGACGUGCCCCAUGUGCCACACGGCAGUCAAGCAAACCCCGCCCAGUCAGACAUCUGCUGCUGGCGACGCCCCAGAAAGCCCACGAGAGGAGGCCCCCCCUGACUACAACACCUCCUCUGAAGAAGAAGACGAAUUCUCUGAAGAGGACCAGGAAGAGGGGGAGGACAAAGAAGAAGAAGAGGAGGAGGAGGAAGAAAAAGAAGAAGAGGAGGAGGAGGAAGAGGAGGAGGAGGAUGAAGAAGAAGAAAAAGAAGAAGAGGAGGAGGAACAAAGGCCACUGGGAGAUGCAGUUCAAAAUGAAAACGGCUGUGAAGAAAGAGUCCUGUCUUGUAGUGGGGACGCUGACUCGAACACUAAAACUAGUAUGCCCUCUUCACAGCCAUUCAGUCCAGCCACAGAACCUCGACUGAGCCCCGAGGAAUGCAUACACACUCAUAGACACACACGCCCACACACACCAACAGCAGAGGAGGGGGGCUUGGUCUCUGCAUCACCUCUUUGUCAGGACCGCCAUGCCUUAGGAUGUCCCGACAAUGGCCUACCGCAUCGUCACCGUGACAACCACUGACAGUAUUUCAACAUCUGGGAGGACAAUGGAUGACAAAAAACACAGAAUCUACGGAUACAGAGGGAGAAGUAAAGAGUAAGGGUUUACGGUGGAUGAAACAGGCUGUUGUACAGAGUCUGACCGUAGUGUCCUCAACACUGUCAGGCUACAAAAUAAAUUGAUGGAGCUGCCAGAAGUCUUUCACAAAAAAGAAACUUGUGUACUUGGAUGUGAAAGUCCUGCUCAGCCCUUUUUCUUUUCUCUCAGUGUAUGUCCCUCUGUGAACAUAUUACUCAAAAUGUGUUAACAUUUUUAUGUGCUGUUGAUGGAGGGUAGGCCUUUAACAAAAAAAAUGCCUUUCAUAGUCUGUUCAGCGGGAGAGGGUACAUGGAGUUAUCAUUACGAUACACAACACUGAAUGUCUUUCUCUGUCCAUUUGAAAAACUGAUUGUUGUAACAAAUGCAUUGCUAACAUUAAUUCUGCUAGGAAAGACUUUGUUGGUCAGUUUGUUCAUUCAGGGGAUGCUGUCAGGUCCAUGCUCAGCUCAGAGACUACAGACAGAGUGGAAAUAUGUGUGGUACCAGUUUAUGUGUUUGUCUGCUCAUGGAAAAGGUAGCUGGGAGAACCUCACCAAUAGCAAUAUAUUGUAUGAGAAUGUGGUAUCUAAGAGGAAAAGACCUAAGUGCUUGGACCUGUUGAAUGGUACUUACAGGUUAUUUUGUUUUUAAUGAAGACUUUUAAAAAGUUCCAUCGUGA